AGUAGUAUGAAACAAUAUGGAUUUAAACUAAAUCAACAAACGAGAGUGAUCAAGGGGAAACAUGAGAGACUCGCAAUGGAUAGUCGAAUUCAACGACACCACAACCGAGUCAGCACAAAAUUGGGCGACCAAUGUGAAGAACGACCUCAGCAAACUCGCGGAGACUCGCUCGGUCGAGUCGAUGCAGUGGGCAAAACAGUCAAUUUACCGGAUCCCGCGGAGCGUCAAGGAUCUCUGCAGCGGCGCGUACCAGCCCCAGACCGUGUCCAUCGGGCUGUACCACCACGGCGAUCCCCAUCUGCAGAGCAUGGAGCGACACAAGCACCGCGCCCUCCUCACUUUCCUCGAAAGGUCGAAAAAGCCCCUCCGCUGCUACCUCGACGCCCUCUCCCCGGCGGCCCAGGAUCUCAGACACGCCUACCACCACUUAGAGCCUGUCUGGAAGGGCGACACCGAGGCCUUCCUCCGGGUGAUGAUCGUCGACGGCUGCUUCAUAUUGGAAAUCAUGCGGACUGCCACCGCCGCUCCUGAGUCUGUAGAGAAGAUGGGGUACGUGCGAAACGAUCCUGUGUUCAGCAGCCAUGGCGCGCUCUACUUCGUGCCUUACAUCAAGCGCGAUAUGCUUAUGCUGGAGAAUCAAAUUCCACUUCUUGCUCUAGCUAUACUGUUUGUGGCCGAAGAUGACAACCUCCUUGUCAAUGGUUUGUCAAAGCAUGAGCAGCUAAGCAUGCUGAUCCUGAAUUUCUUCUCCCACCCGCACGACGCGAACAAAAUCCACGAAUACGGGAAAUGCCUGCACAUACUAGACCUGUGCAGGCAGAGCAUGCUGAUGCGGCUCUCCUGCCAGAAGGCAAACAAGCCGAAGAACAGAUGGCGGUUCGACUCGGACUGUCUCCCCAGCACGGGCGUACUAAAGAAGGGGGACGUGUACAUCCGGUCAGCGAUGGAGCUGACCGAAGCAGGCAUCCAAUUCAAGCAGAGCAGGACGCGCAGCCUCAACGACAUCUCGUUCCAGGGAGGCGUCCUGAGGCUGCCGCAGAUAAUGGUGGACGACGCGCUCGAGUCAGAGUACCUGAACAUGAUAGCCUUCGAGCGGUUCCACGUGGGGGCCGGGAGCGAGGUGACGUCGUUCGUGUUCUUCAUGGACGGGAUCAUCGACAGCGCGAGGGACGUGGGGCUGCUGCACUCGCGCGGGAUCAUACAGAACGCGCUGGGGAGCGACAAGGCCGUGGCCGACUUGUUCAACUCGCUGUCGAGGGACGUGAGCCUCGACCCCGAGAGCAGCCUCGCGGUCCUGCACCAGAAGGUGGUGGAGUACUGCGGGAAGCCGCUGCCGCGGUGGAUGGCGUAUGCUAAGCAUAACUACUUCACCAAUCCGUGGGUGGGGCUGUCUAUCGUUGCUGCUAUUUUCCUCUUUGCUCUCACUGGCAUUCAGACCGUCUACACUGUGCUAGGCUAUUAUCAUUCUAAAUGAUACUUGUGUGUGUUGGAUAUCAUUGAAACCUAUUUUUCUUUUUUUUGUUCCAUAUGUAUUAGCUUGCUUUUCGGUUUCUUUUUCUCCCACUUAGAUCUUGGUAUGCUUUAACCAAA